CGAUGACUACCGCGUUGAAUAAUUUCGUCACAAACACUCACAAUGACUUCGUUUGGCCGUAUCCGGUACCGCUUAUUGCGAAACCUGCACAACCACCCAUGAGCACGGGGAUUCGAUUAUACAUGCAAAGAAUUGAACCUGAGGAUUGUAAAUGCGACGUUCAUGGCCAACAAAGCAACGAAAAUAAGUACAAGUACUUAGCCCAGAAGGAACGGCAGAUUUACGAUCAAUUGAUGAAAGUUAAUCAGAAUAUGAAGAAUCUAGUGUCAGCCAUGUUGGAUAAUCAGUGCGAAUCGAUGGAUGAAACCAUGAGGAGCGUUUAUCAAACGGACUACUCAAGGAGAGGAUUGCCGAUUGGCGAGUACAGAAAACUCAUGGCUGCAGUCGAUUCUUCAUAUUGUUCGCCGAUACCGUCUGAAGUCACAGAAAUAAAAAAGGGUUACAGAGAUCCUACGAGAUUUCGAUACACCGCCAUAGAGAGGCCGCAUAUUCAACCUGCGAAGACCAUCAAUCUUUCACAAGUUCCAGAAACAUUCGAUAUGUGGGAGACACCUUUCACUAGUCGUUCAGAAUACAUGGAUACCAUCAGUAAGAUGGGCCUAAGUAACAUGAAAAAUCGACAACAAUACUUGGAACCUUUACCUUCAUCUAGAAGAAGAUUCGGCGACUGUAAAUUGUAGACUCGAAAUCACAAAUCCCAACUUUUUUAAUCACCAUGCCUUAUGAAGUCAAUUAUUGAAGUCACGCAGUUACAAUAAACAUUUGAAACAUUUUAAUACUUUAUUAAUAAGUUUUAUUUCAGUAUUAUUAUUAGAAAAGAAUAUUUUAUUAAGUUUCUAUCUCAAUGUUUGAGCUUGAAUUAAUGGACCAUAAACAAAAGACAGGGUGCUACCAUCAGUUAUUUCGAUAAACUUUACUAAUCUAUUAACCUAUUUUCGAGGUACAAAAUUAUAAGUUUCUUUAUUAUUCAAUAUAAUAUUAACAAAUGCAAUGACAAACUCCUGCCGAUUGUUCACCACAGAAUACAGACGCAAUUUUGUGAAACACAAAUUGAAACCGGUGGAUAAGUAAGAAAAUGACUAAGAGGUUAAAAAGUUUAUUGGAAACAGUAACAUUUUCUCAGGAUAAUUCAAGGUGGUGGAUUCGAGGAACGCAUAGAGGAAGGACAAAUUGACCCUCGUAUAGC